AGCUCCGGCUUGCUGCCGAUCGUUUAUGGUACGCCAUUGUAGUCGCUCCCGACGUUUUUUGUGUAAACUGCGCGAUAAAACAGAACUUGCAGGUUGCGGGCCACCUUGACAGCUGGACGACGUAGCCGACAAUGGCGUCCGGCGAAGAGAUCAUGUCGGCGUCACCGGGCCCUCAAUUGCAAGGCCCUCCGCAGCAGCAACAACAGCAGCAGCAGCCCGCUAACUCUCAUCCACCCGAGGGCCACAUGCAGGGCUACCCGUCCGACAACAUCCACAUGCUGCAGAGGGCGAUCAACAACAUGGAGGACAAGGAAGACCCCCGCUACUCGCAGAUGCUCGCCAUGGCGGGCAGGGGGAAGCCCCCCGCCGGGGGAGGGAGCGGGGGGAGCUCGGGGGCCCCCAGCCCCAUCAUGGGCCCACCCCCCGUGCCCCAGCAGCACAUGGGCAUGCCCCCCGAGGGCGGGGCUCCACCGCACCACGGCUAUGCACCCCAGCCCCACAUGGGACCCGGCGCGGUCCAGCCUCAGGUUUACGGGGGACCGCCCCCUCAGCAGCAGCCGCCCUACGGUGGCGGGGCACCCUACCAGCAGCAGCAGCCCUACCCUCCCCAGCAGGGCGUGCCUCCCGGCGGGGGCCCGCCCCUGCAACACCAGGGGGUGCCCCCGUCGCACCCCCACCAUGGAUCGGGCGCCGACACGCCCGAGCCGGGGCCCCAAGGUGGCUACGGAGGCGGCGGAGCGCCGAACGGGGCGGGGGGUGCCACAGGCCCCGAGGGCACCCCCCCACCCAUGCCCAAGCCCUCCCUGCUGAGCCCGCCGCAGCUGACCCAGCUCCGGGCCCAGAUCAUGGCGUACAAGCUGCUGGCCCGCAACCAGCCGGUGCCGGACCACGUCAACUUGGCCGCGCAGGGAACCUCCGGCGUGGGCGGACCCCAGGGACCUCAGUCGCAGCAGGGGCCCUACAUGCACAGGCCCCCCGGUGCCCCCUCUCCCCUGAUGCGCCCGUCCCCCCAGUCGGUUGGAGGGCCCCCCAUGGGACCCCAGCAGGGGCCGUACGGGGGCGGCGGCCCCACUUACGGAGCGCCCCCGCCCCAGUCCCAGCAGCAGCACCUCCAGCCCGGGGGCGGUCCUAUGAUGGGAGGGGGCGGGGCCCCUACGCCUCCUCCUCCCCAGGGGGGCGGUCCCAUGGGGGCGGGGGGCGUGGCCCCGCAGCCGGGUGGUCCCAGGGCUGGCUGCCAGGCGCCCCAGCAGGCGGCUAGAGGCAGUCCCGGGGGACCCACGUCCGUGCCUGCCAUGAUGCAGAUGCAGCAGCAGAAGCAGAACCGCAUCACACCGGUGGCCAAGCCCCAGGGCAUCGACCCCAUCGAGCUGCUGAAAGAAAAGGAGAACCGGCUGACGAGCCGCAUUGCCCACCGCAUCGAGGAACUGUCCAAGCUGCCCGCCAACCUGCCUGAGGACCUGCGGCGCAAGGCCAUGAUCGAGCUUAGGGCACUCAGGCUGCUCAACUUCCAGCGGCAGCUGCGGGCAGAGGUGGUGCAAUGCAUGCGCCGGGACACGACCCUGGAGACGUCCCUGAACCCCAAGCUGUACAAGCGCACCAAGCGGCAGAGCCUCCGCGAGGCGCGGCUCACGGAGAAGCUGGAGAAGCAGCAGAAGCUGGAGCAGGAACGCAAGCGGCGCCAGAAGCACCAGGAGUACCUGGCGGCGGUGCUGCAGCACGGCAAGGACUUCCGGGAGUUCCACCGGGGCAUCCAGGGCAAGGUGGCCAAGGUGAACAAGGCAGUGGUGACCUACCACGCCAACACGGAGCGGGAGCAGAAGAAGGAGCAGGAGCGCAUCGAGAAGAUGCGCAUGCAGCGGCUCAUGGCCGAGGACGAAGAGGGCUACCGCAAGCUCAUUGACCAGAAGAAGGACCGCCGGCUGGCCUUCCUGCUCUCCCAGACGGACGAGUACAUCCACAACCUCACUGAGAUGGUGCGCCAGCACAAGGCCGAGCAGCGCCGCAAGCUGCGAGAGAAGAAAAAGAAGAAGAAGAAGAAGCUGCCCCAGGAGGGCGCCACCGCACCGGGGGCCGAGGGCGGAGAGGGCGGGGCCGUCGAGGCGCCCGUCGAGGCGAUGGUGGACGAGAGCUCGCAACACAGCGACCUGCGCGUGAACGUGAUAGAGACAGCGACGGGCAAGGUGAUCGAGGGCAAGGACGCGCCCCUGGCCAGCCAACUGGAGGCCUGGCUCGAGAUGCACCCAGGGUUUGAGGUGGCGCCCCGGGAAGCGAGCGACGACGAGGAGGACGGCGAAACCGACGAGUCAACCGAGUCUGAGGACGAAGGGGAAGAGGCUCCGAUCCAGCACCAGGCGGUGCCAGCGGCGCCCAAGAUGUCGUCGUCUUCGACGGAUGACCAUGUGAAGACUGUCAUUCAGGCCGCAGCUGCGGAAGACGACGAGUACAAGGCAGGCGGCUACCAGAACUACUACAACAUUGCGCACGCAAUCAGCGAAGAGGUGCGCGAACAGUCGUCGUUGAUGGUGAACGGCUCGCUCAAGGAGUACCAAGUGAAGGGGCUGGAGUGGCUGGUCUCCCUCUACAACAACAACCUCAACGGCAUUCUCGCCGACGAGAUGGGGCUUGGGAAGACCAUCCAGACCAUAGCCGUCAUUACGUACCUUAUGGAAAAGAAGCGUAUCAACGGACCAUACCUGAUCAUCGUACCACUCUCGACCCUGUCGAACUGGAUGCUGGAGUUUGACCGAUGGGCCCCGUCCGUGGUGAAGGUAGCCUACAAGGGCUCGCCCAACUUGCGACGCCAGAUGUCUCAGAUGCUGCGCAGUAGCAAGUUUAACGUGCUCAUCACCACCUACGAGUACGUCAUCAAGGACAAGGCCGUGCUGGCCAAGAUUCGGUGGAAGUACAUGAUCAUUGACGAGGGUCACCGCAUGAAGAAUCACCACUGCAAGCUGACUCAGAUCCUGAACACUCACUACAGCGCCCCCCACAGGCUGCUUCUCACGGGAACGCCACUGCAGAACAAGCUUCCCGAGCUCUGGGCUCUGCUCAACUUCCUGCUCCCAAGCAUCUUCAAGAGCUGCAACACCUUUGAGCAGUGGUUCAAUGCGCCCUUCGCUACCACCGGCGAGAAGGUGGAGCUGAACGAGGAGGAGACGAUCCUCAUCAUCCGUCGUCUGCACAAGGUGCUCCGACCGUUCCUGCUCCGCCGUCUCAAGAAGGAAGUGGAGUCGCAACUCCCCGAAAAGGUGGAGUACGUGGUGAAGUGUGACAUGUCGGCUCUGCAGCGGCUGCUCUAUCGUCACAUGCAGACGAAGGGCGUUCUUCUGACAGACGGAUCCGAAAAAGACAAAAAGGGUAAGGGUGGAACCAAGACGCUGAUGAACACCAUCAUGCAACUGCGGAAGAUCUGCAACCACCCGUUCAUGUUCCAGCACAUUGAGGAGGCCUACGCUGAGCACAUUGGUUGCAGCGGGGGCGUAGUCCAGGGACCCGACCUGUACCGAGUGUCCGGCAAGUUUGAACUGCUGGACCGGAUUCUUCCCAAGCUCCGCUGCAAGGGGCACAGGGUGCUGCUCUUCUGCCAGAUGACCACCCUGAUGACCAUCAUGGAAGACUACCUAACCUACAGAGGUGGGUACCGGUAUCUACGCCUCGACGGUACAACCAAAGCGGAGGACCGUGGUCAGCUGCUGGAGAUGUUCAACGCCAAGGAUUCGCCCUACUUCAUCUUCCUGCUGAGCACCCGGGCUGGGGGCCUGGGGCUCAACCUGCAAGCCGCCGACACUGUCAUCAUCUUUGACUCGGACUGGAACCCCCACCAGGACCUGCAAGCCCAGGACCGUGCCCACCGGAUUGGCCAAAAGAAUGAGGUGCGUGUGCUGCGCCUCGUCACGGUCAAUUCAGUGGAGGAACGCAUCCUGGCCGCAGCCAAGUACAAGCUGAACCUCGACGAGAAAGUGAUCCAGGCGGGCAUGUUCGACCAGAAGUCGACGGGCUCGGAGCGCAAACAGUUCCUCCAGGCCAUCCUCACGCAGGACGAGAACGACGAGGAGGAGGAGAACGAAGUCCCGGACGACGAGACCAUCAACGAGAUGAUUGCUAGGAACGAAGAAGAACUGGAGCUCUUUCAGAAAAUGGACAUUGACCGGAGGAGGGACGAGGCCCGGUGCAUCAAGCGCAAGCCCAGGCUCAUGGAGGAGGACGAACUCCCCAAGUGGCUGCUCAAGGACGACGCCGAGGUGGAACGCCUCACCAACGAAGAAGAGGAGGACAAGAUCUUCGGGCGUGGGAACCGCCAACGCAAGGAGGUCGACUAUUCGGAUGCACUCACUGACAAGGAGUGGCUGCGGGCGGUCGAAGACGGCAACCUGGACGAGAUGGAGACGAGGAAGCGGUCCCGCAAGUCGGUCUGCCCGAGCAACAACGGAGGCGGGGCCGGCCCGUCCGCCAGCGUGGAGCGGAGUGGCGGGAAGCGGAAGGGGGGCGGGGCCUCGCGGCUCAUCCAGGAGGAAGAGCCACCCGCCAAGAAGCGGAGGGGACGGCCCCCCGUGGAGAAGGCGUCGCCCAACCCCCCGUCGCUCACCAAGCAAAUGAAGAAGCUCAUCGACAUCGUCAUCAACUACAAAGACAGCGAUAGCCGCGUGCUGAGCGAAGCCUUCCUGCAGCUCCCUUCGAAGCGAGAACUUCCGGAUUACUACGACGUGAUUAAGAAACCGGUGGAUUUGAAGAAGAUUAAGGCGCGAAUCCGGGAGCACCGCUACCGCACACUGGACGACCUGGAGGACGACUUCAUGCUGCUGUGCAUCAACGCCCAGACGUACAACGUGGAGGGGUCGCUCAUCUACGAGGACUCCAUCGUGCUCCAGUCGGUGUUCACCAGCGCCCGGGAGCGGCUGGAGAAGGACGGCGACCUGGCCCUGGGGCCGGACCAGGACCAGGACACGGACCAGGAGGGGCAGGGCACCUCGGCCGACGGCCACGGCUCGGAGGAGAAGACGAAAAAGCGCAAGAGCCGGCAGGUGAAGCGAUACAUCAGUGACGACGACGACACGGAAGAAAGCGACUAGGGAGGUCGUCGGUUCGGCCCCCUCCCUCCCUCCCCCCUCCCCUCCCCGGUUGGUCCGCGCGUCAUUCCACGGUUAGUCGGAGACGACGCAGUUUCACUUAUUCAGCUGUGUCGUGCUGCCCCUUUCUCCACCUAACAGUGUAACAUCCCCUGAAACUUUUUUUUUUUUUUU